AUGAAAAUUGAACGGAAUAAGUACAGGAUAGACUGGCACAUUCCGACAGGGUUCAACGGGGAGACCGUAGAAUACAAGAACAUCUGCUUCACGGUGUGGGACGUGGGAGGCCAGGACAAGAUCAGACCUCUCUGGAGGCACUACUUCCAAAACACUCAGGGUCUCAUCUUUGUGGUGGACAGCAACGACCGCGAGCGUACACAGGAGGCUGCUGAGGAACUGCAGAAGAUGCUGCAGGAGGAUGAGCUGGCCGAUGCCGUGCUGCUGGUGUUUGCCAACAAACAGGACCUGCCCAACGCCAUGCCCAUGAGCGAAAUGACUGAGAAACUGGCCCUGCAGUCAUUGAGGAACAGAAAAGUGAGUGACAACGGCCUCCGCCAAACACUGGAGCCUCCGCCAAACACUGGAGCCUCCGCCAAACACUGGAGCCUCCGCCAAACACUGGAGCCUCCGCCAAACACUGGAGCCUCCGCCAAACACUGUAGCCUCCGCCAAACACUGGAGCCUCCGCCAAACACUGGAGCCUCCGCCAAACACUGUAGCCUCCGCCAAACACUGUAG